AUGAAGUUUUGUGGAAUAGUUUUCCAAAUACUUCUUUUAUACAUUCGUGCCAGUUUUUUGGACAAUCGCUAUGAUCGACCGAGAAGAAUUGAUUUGUUUAAUUAUUUAAUUUCGACAUCAACAACACCGGCUCCACAAAAAGUUAGUUUUUCGAUCGAGAACUCCGAAAUUUCUAUAUACACAACAUUUAGUGUCAAUGCGUAUCUCAAACUUCAAAUUCAAGUUGUGUUCCUUAUGAUUCUCGACUUCAAGCUACAAAUUUAGAAGAAGCAAUUGUUGCAUUUCCCGAUUUAACAAUUACUCAACAAGAAAAAUCAAGCACAUUAUCCGAGGUACUGUAGAUUUCCCUAUACCAUCGAUUUCAACAACUUUCCAGACCUCAAAUCUGAUGUCUUGUAAAACAAAACAAUGCAAAAGCUGCUAUAAACUUUUGAAAGCUCAAUUAGCAAAAGUUGGACUUUUACCAGCUACAAUUAAACAAGUUUUUGAGAAUCAAUCAAACUUUUCGAAAUGUGAAAAAUACAGAUUCAGUCGGAAAGAUCAAGGAGUUUAUGAGAAGAAGAAUAAGGCUAAACAUUAUGAUUGGGAUGACGAUGAGGAUUACGGUAUUUAGAGAUUCCAAAAAUUUCCAUAUAUUUUUCAAGAAAGUUUUUUUAGAAACCGAUUAUGAUCCUUUUGAUAUGAAUAAAGGUAACAAAUUUCGUCGAAAAAUUCGAGAUGUUUCUGAAACGACAACAGUUUCACCAAAUUCAACAGCAAUGAAUAUAACUGGUGUUAUUGGUGUCAGGUUUCCAAUUGCAUGCACUACUCGUGGUGUAACUCCUGACGGUUUGAAUACUGUAUCUCUGUGUUCAACAUGUUGGGUUUGGCGAAGACUUCCGAGUAAUUAUUAUCCAGCUUAUCUCAAUGAAGUUGUAUGUGAUAAUGCUGAUCAAGGUUGCUUGAGUGGUAAGAUAUUUUACCAAAAAAAUAAAUAAAAAUUUUAUGGAGGUAUGGGGAAUUGAACCCCAGCCCUCUCCCAUGCUAAGGGAGCGCUCUACCACUGAGCUAUACCCCCAAGCGACGCACUCUAUCUCCGAUUGUCAUCAUCAUUUCGCUAUUUUUAUUUGCAGUGUUCAUAUUUUCACUUAUCCCAUGUCGAUCCCAAACUUUUCAGGAUAUGCCACGUGUCACACGGGAACUCAACAAUUGAAUGUUCUUCGAAAUGAUAGUGGAACAUUAGUUCCUGUUUCGGUAGCAGCCGGGAUAAAUUGUGAAUGUCGGGUGCAGGUAUUUUAAUAGAAGGAUUUUACAAUACAUGCAGUAAUCCUAGCAAUUUUUCAGGUUGGUUCAGUUUUGCAGAGUUUGGUGAUGGGAAACGGCACAACUUCUGCACUUCCAUCUUUGAAUUCAACGAAUUCAGGAAAUUAA